AAUUGCUUUGCCUUACUCCAGUUACUGAUAUAAUACUGUUCCAUUAACCUCGAGGUGCUCCUAUCUAUUCACUAUACUAGUCAAUUUCUUAGCCCCUCCCAUUGUUUGUCCCAAGUUACCGAUGAAAGUGCCGCUGUGGUCUCUAUGAUGAACCGAAGCAACCCCGCUCGGGCAAAGCCGUUGUCGUCACCUCGCUCUUCAAACUCAACUGACCAAGACCCUGAGGGGCUUUCCGGCAUGUUAAUGCCGCCGCUUAUAUGUCACCAACUUCAUAGAACUUCUCAUAGGUUUCAUUCUCACUAUUGACGCACUUCUCUCUUAACGUUUUGUAUUCCGCUGUAUUCUAACUUGCACAGUUCUGCCCCAAACUCAUCUACUACUAGACAUCCUUGUCAGCCACAAUCAUCUUCAAAACACUAUACUUCACAAUGGCUCAGACUCUUCUUUGGAUCGGCCUCGGCAACAUCGGCAGGGGUAUGUGUAAAAACAUUGCGGAAAAGUCCAAACUUGACAAACCACUCCUCAUCUACAACCGCACCACAAAGAGAGCCACGGACCUGAGCCAGAGCCUGCCCGCCGGUAAGACGCAGGUCGUCGAGUCGCUCGGGGACGCCAUCGCGCAGGCCGACAUCAUCUUCACGUGCGUUGCCAACGACCAGGCAGUGGAGGAAAUAUUCGCGACCGCAGCCCAGCAGAAACUCGAGGGCAAAGUCUUUGUCGAGUGCUCAACCAUUGCUCCCGGCGCUUCAGAAGCGGCCGCGAAGGCGGUACUGGAUAAGGGUGCCGAGUUCAUUUGCGCACCCGUGUUCGGAGCACCUGCCAUGGUAGCGGCUGGCAACGCGACCUUGGUGCUUGCCGGACCCAAGGCCUCGAUCGAGAAGAUCCGGCCUUAUAUCGAUGCCAUGGCGGCUCGCGAGAUCAACAUGGCUGAUGAGCCGUAUCACAAGGCGUCUACGCUGAAGGUACUGGGUAACACCGUCAUCCUGGGCAUGGUUGAGCAGCUCGCCGAGACAUAUGUGGCUGCCGAGAAGAGCGGGCUCGGGACCGGUUACGUGAAGCAGUUUGUCGAUGCCAUGUUCGGUGGCAGUCCUUACCCUGCGUACUCGGUGCGUAUGUUGGAGGGUGACUAUUACAAGAGGGAGGAACCGCUCUUCGCCGUUGACUUGGCGAGGAAAGACGCCGGGCACGCCAUGGCUAUUGCCAAAGCCGCAGGGACACGACUGCCAAACAUCGAAAAUGCCGAUAGGCACCUACAAAUUGUUAAGGAGCAUGUAGGACCGUCAGGCGAUAUGGCCGGCAUCUAUGGCGCCGUAAGAAAGGAAGCUGGCCUCAAGUACGAGAAUGACUCUUGAGCAAGGGCUCCUAAUGCUAUGGCUCAAAAGGCAUCGGCUCAAAGACUUAUGCGCAACAUAAACGAAAUUAAAAGGGAAAAAAUCAUACCAGAAGACUGAUUCUUAUUUAGUUGCAUGACGUGAAAUCGAAGGCAUAUGUUACUCGAACCUCGAGUUAUAGGAUUUAGUAUUAGUGACUUGAAAAUGGACUUACAAAAUACUUAGCUCUUGCCUUGCCUAUGACAGAUUCAUAGGUAGGCUGGAAGGGUGGAGAGACAGGAAUGACUAAUCACCAGCAACGGUCGAGCUGCCGGCUGGUGCACUGCACCGACAGCUGCACCCACAAC